CUUAUGCAGCGUAGACUGAUUAGAAAGGCUGGUCUGGCGGCGGAGACUGGCGCUGUCCUGAGAGGGAGGGCUCGGUGUGGAAGAGAUGAAUCGGACAAAAGGUGAUGAGGAGGAAUACUGGAACAGCUCUAAGUUCAAGGCUUUCACUUUCGAUGAUGAAGAUGAUGAACUGUCACAGUUAAAGGAAUCCAAGCGAGCAGUGAAUAGCCUUCGAGACAUUGUGGAUGAUGAUGAUGACGAUGACCUGGAACGAGUCAGCUGGAGUGGGGAGCCUGUGGGAAGUAUUUCGUGGUCCAUCAAAGAGACUGCUGGUAAUAGUGGGUCAACACACGAUGGACGUGAACAGAUAAAGGGCCGAAACAGCUUCUCCUCCUAUGCACAACUACCCAAACCGGCUUCUACUUACUCCCUGAGUAACUUCUUUAGAGGUAGAACUAGACCUGGAAGUUUCCAGUCUCUUUCUGAUGCUUUGUCAGAUACACCUGCCAAAAGUUAUGCUCCAGAGCUGGGGAGGCCCAAGGGGGAAUAUAGGGUCUGCUCACUGGAGAGAUUCCGCUCCUUACAGGACAAGCUACAACUCCUAGAAGAGGCAGUCAGCAUGCAUGAUGGAAAUGUUAUUACUGCUGUUCUGAUUUUCCUGAAGAGGACACUGAGCAAAGAGAUCCUCUUCCGAGAACUGGAGGUGAGACAGGUUGCCCUAAGACACCUCAUUCACUUCCUUAAGGAAAUAGGUGAUCAAAAGCUGCUAAUAGACCUUUUCCGGUUCCUAGAUAGAACAGAAGAACUGGCGUUAUCCCACUAUCGAGAGCAUUUGAACAUUCAGGACUCUGAAAAACGAAAAGAAUUUCUGAAGACCUGCAUUGGUUUGCCAUUUUCAGCAGAAGAUACUGCACAUAUACAAGACCAUUACACCCUCCUGGAACGUCAGAUUAUUAUUGAGGCAAAUGAUCGACAUUUAGAGGCAGCAGGACAAACUGAGAUCUUCCGAAAGCAUCCCCGGAAAGCUUCCAUCCUCAACAUGCCACUAGUGACAACGCUUUUCUACUCCUGCUUCUAUCACUACACGGAGGCUGAGGGGACAUUCAGCAGUCCCAUCAACCUGAAGAAGACAUUUAAGAUCCCCGACAAGCAGUAUGUGCUGACAGCCCUGGCUGCCCGUGCCAAGCUCCGAGCCUGGCAUGAUGUUGAUGCCCUCUUCACCACGAAGAACUGGCUCGGUUACACCAAAAAGAGGGCACCCAUUGGCUUCCAUCGAGUUGUGGAAAUUUUACACAAGAACAGUGCCCCUGUUCAGAGAUAUUACUUUGGGCCUGUGUUCAGGUUUUUCAUGAAUCCAAGAUUCAUGGGCAGUCAGCGAUGUGGACUUGAGAUGCAAACAGAUACAAACUUGAAAAUCUGGAAGCAGAGUGGUAGUGCAGCCCACCAGUAUGUGGGCUAUGCAUAUACAGCAUCACACAUAAGCCCUUCUGCAUAG